AUGAUAUCUAUCUAUCUAUCUAUCUAUCUAUCUAUCAACAUACGCGCAAAUAUAUAUAUAUAUAUAUAUAUUUAUCUAUCUAUCUAUCUAUCUAUCUAUCUAUCUAUCUAUCUAUCUCAUAUUCCUAUCUACUUCGGAUAUCAAUUACGCUUCCUUUCUCUUUUUCUCUCUCUUUCAGACUUAGCCUAUUCAUAUCUACUUCUCUCUCUCUCUCUUUCAGUCCUAACUUAUUUAUAUCUACUUCGUCUCUCUUUCAGUCAACCUAUUUGUAUCAACGUUUCUCUUUCUCCCCUAUCUUUUCACCUCUCUCUCUCUCUCUCUCUCUCUGUCUCUUACACUGUUAGUUUAUUUAUAUCUACUUCGUCUCUCUCUUUUUUUUCAAUCAACCUAUUUAUAUCUACGUCUCUCUCUUCUUAUCUCUCUUUUCUCCUCUCCCUCUCUCUAUCUCUCUUUACCUUUCCCUUUCUUCUCUUUUCAGCCUUAGCUUAUCUAUAUCUACUUCAUCUCUCCCCACCUCUCUCUCUUCUAUUUAUAUCUACUUCGUCUCUCACUCCCCAUCUCUCACUUUUUAGCAUAUUUAUAUCUCCUUCGUCUCUCUCCGCCUGCCACUUUAUCUCUUUCAGCCUUAGCCUAUUUAUAUCGACUGCGUCUCUAUCUCUUUCUUUCUUAACUUAUUUAUCUCUAUCACCACUCUCUCUCUUUCCCUCUUUCUUUGAGUCUUAUCCUAUUCAUAUCUAUUUCGAAUCUCAGUCACAAGUUAAUUUUCAAGGUUGCAGUUCUUCCUAUUUCGAUACCUUGUCGCAACUGACGCCAUCUUCCGACGACAAUGGUACAAAAUCAACUCUUUGCCUUCUUCUUCUUCUUCUUCUUCUUCUUCUUCUUCUUCUUCUUUGUUCUUUUUUGUUCUUUUUUGUUUUUCUUCCUUUUCUUUUUUUUCUUCUUUCUUUUUCUUUUUUUCUUUUUGGCUUUUCUUCCUCUUCUUUUUUUCUUCUUUUUCUUUUUUCUUCUUUUUUUGAUCAUUCUUCUACUUCUCCUCUUUCUUUUUUCUUCUUUUUUGUUCUUCGUUCUUCUCCCUCUUAUUUUUUCUUCUUUUUCUUCUUAUUCUUCUUUUCAUUCUUUUUUGUCGUUUUUUGUUUUUCUUCUACUUUUUCUUCUUCUUCUUUCUUCUUUUUCUUCUUUCUUUUUUGUUCUUUUUCGUUUUUCGUCCUCUUCUUUUUUCUUCUUCUUUUUCUUUUCUCUUCUUUUUUGUUCUUUCUUCUCCUCCUCCUCUUUUUUGUUCUUUUUUGUUCUUUCUUCUCCUCCUCUUCUCUUCUCUUUUCUUUAUUUCUUCCUCUUCUUUUUCUUUAUUUCUUCUUUAUUCUUCAUCUUCUUUCUAUUCUUCUUUUGCUACUUUUUUGUUCUUUCUUUCUUUCUUUCUUUCUUUCUUUCUUUCUUCUUCUUCUUCUUCUUCUUCUUCUUCUUCUUCUUCUUCUUUACUAA